AUGGUAACUGGGGCCGUGUUGAGCGGUGUCACCGGCGCCGGUCUCCUGCUCAUCGUGGUCGCUCUCACCGAGAACUGCCGUGCGAUGCUGGUAUAUUUGUUGGUUGCCAUGUUUGUUUUGAUGGGUCUAGUGUCCCUCGCCGUGGCUAAGAUUGGCAGGGCCUGCGUGCGAUUUAAAGACGCGUCUAAAAUAAAAGAUGAGCAGCACAGGCUGGUCAACUUGGCUUGCGUUAGUGGUUUGUUCACAUUUUUGGGAGCAGUGCUGUACUUCUUCUCGUUCGUCGUGGUGUUCAGUUUCUACCAUUUCCGCUACGUGAGACGCGCAAUCCUACUUCACGAGGCCGACUGCGCU